CGCAUGGCUUUAACCGGGCGGCCGCCCUGCCCCCGCUUCUUUUCACGCCGUCGCUAGCCUUAGGUGGUUGUGGCCACUGUGCCCUGAGGGAGGCGGCGACUACCAAUGAUGCCUGGGAAACUCCUCUGGGGGGACAUUAUGGAGCUGGAGGCACCCUUGGAGGAGACCGAGAGCCAAAAAGAGAGGCAAAAGAGUGAUAGAAGGAAGUCAAGGCACCAUUAUGACUCAGAUGAGAAAUCAGAAACAAGAGAAAAUGGUGUUUCAGAUGACCUGGAUGUUCCCAAGUCCAAAAAAGCUAAAAUGAAAGAGAAGCUAAAUGGAGACACUGAAGAAGGAUAUAAUAGACUUUCAAAUGAAGUUUCUAAAUCUCAUAAGUCAAGAAGAAAAGAUCUGCCAAAUGGAGAUAUUGAUGAAUAUGAAAAAAAGUCAAAGCGAGUGUCUCCCUUAGAUAGUUCUUCUCUUAAAUCAAGUGAUAAUAAACUAGAGGAGACCCUAACACGUGAACAGAAGGAAGGAGCCUUCUCCAAUUUCCCUAUUUCUGAAGAGACUAUAAAGCUUCUGAAAGGUCGAGGGGUAACAUAUCUCUUUCCUAUUCAAGUUAAGACCUUUGGUCCUGUAUAUGAAGGAAAGGAUUUAAUUGCUCAAGCACGGACAGGAACAGGAAAGACAUUCUCUUUUGCCAUUCCCUUGAUUGAAAGACUCCAAAGAAAUCAAGAGACAAUUAAAAAAAGCCGCUCACCAAAGGUACUUGUUUUGGCUCCUACAAGGGAACUGGCAAAUCAAGUAGCCAAAGACUUCAAAGAUAUAACUAGGAAACUCAGCGUAGCAUGUUUUUAUGGUGGAACAUCAUAUCAAAGCCAAAUUAAUCACAUUCGAAAUGGUAUUGACAUCUUGGUUGGGACCCCUGGUCGUAUCAAAGACCAUUUGCAGAGCGGCCGAUUGGAUCUUUCCAAACUGCGCCAUGUUGUGCUUGAUGAAGUGGAUCAAAUGUUAGAUUUAGGCUUUGCUGACCAAGUUGAAGAUAUCAUCCAUGAGUCCUACAAAACUGAUUCUGAAGACAAUCCUCAAACUUUACUUUUUUCUGCAACUUGCCCACAGUGGGUAUACAAAGUUGCAAAAAAAUACAUGAAAUCCAGAUAUGAACAGGUUGACCUUGUUGGAAAAAUGACUCAAAAGGCUGCAACUACUGUGGAACAUUUGGCUAUCCAGUGUCAUUGGUCUCAGAGACCAGCAGUUAUUGGAGAUGUCCUUCAAGUCUACAGUGGUUCUGAAGGGAGGGCUAUUAUUUUCUGUGAGACCAAAAAGAAUGUAACUGAAAUGGCCAUGAAUCCACACAUAAAACAGAAUGCCCAGUGUUUACAUGGGGACAUUGCACAGUCACAAAGAGAAAUUACACUGAAAGGCUUCAGAGAAGGUAGUUUUAAAGUUUUGGUUGCAACCAAUGUAGCUGCCCGUGGUUUGGACAUUCCUGAGGUUGACCUGGUGAUUCAGAGUUCUCCUCCACAGGAUGUUGAGUCCUAUAUUCAUCGCUCUGGACGCACAGGUAGAGCUGGCCGGACAGGGAUUUGCAUAUGCUUUUAUCAGCCAAGAGAAAGAGGUCAACUAAGAUAUGUGGAACAAAAAGCAGGAAUUACUUUUAAACGUGUAGGUGUUCCUUCUACAAUGGAUUUAGUUAAAUCUAAAAGCAUGGAUGCCAUCAGGUCUCUGGCUUCCGUUUCUUAUGCUGCUGUUGAUUUUUUCCGACCAUCAGCUCAGAGACUAAUAGAAGAGAAAGGGGCAGUGGAUGCACUGGCUGCAGCAUUAGCCCAUAUCUCUGGAGCAUCGAAUUUUGAACCACGAUCUUUGAUCACUUCUGAUAAGGGGUUUGUGACCAUAACUCUGGAAAGCCCAGAAGAAAUACAGGAUGUCAGCUGUGCUUGGAAAGAACUUAACAGAAAGCUGAGUAGUAAUGCCGUGUCCCAAAUUACCAGAAUGUGCCUCCUAAAAGGAAAUAUGGGUGUUUGUUUUGAUGUUCCCACAACUGAGUCCGAAAGGUUACAGGCAGAGUGGCAUGAUUCAGACUGGAUACUGUCAGUGCCAUCCAAGUUACCCGAAAUUGAAGAAUAUUAUGAUGGAAACACAUCUUCUAAUUCCAGACAGAGGAGUGGCUGGUCUGGUGGCCGGUCAGGUCGGUCAGGUCGGUCAGGUGGUCGAUCUGGUGGCCGGGCAGGCAGACAGAGUCGACAGGGCAGUCGGUCAGCAAGUCGACAAGAUGGUAGAAGACGAAGUGGGAAUAGAAAUCGAUCAAGAAGCGGGGGCCACAAGCGGAGUUUUGACUGAGAAUUUGAUAAUUAACCCACCAGUGUGAGCAUACCUAUUUCUGCCUAAUCAUGUACAUUAUCCACCAAAAAUUAGAUCAUUGUAGUUGAGGUAUGUGUCUGCUACAAAGAAGUUGGUUGUAUUUUUUUAAAAAGUAUUUCACAAGAAUGGAUGUAAACAAAUCUACUUAUCCAGUUACACCUUUGAAUAAAAAAACCUCCUUUUAUUAUCUUUUUUUCACUGUGUUAGAAUUUUCCUGAAUAUAAUCUUUUAAAUUUUUUAUAAAACAUGGCAGUCGAGUUAAUCUUACUUAAGUUCACUUGCAUUUUACAAAAUGUGUAUCUGUAUUUAGAUUAGUCCUUCCAUAGGAUAUAACAAGAGAUCUCUUCUACAUUAAAGGGUCUUAUAAACUGGUGAUAUGAUUAGUUAGGUAUAGCAUUUUAAAAUCUAGGUGUAAAAAGAAAUUCUAGGUGUCGUUAAUUAAAAGGGUGUACAAGGAAUGCACAUGCAAUAAUUUAUACAACAGAUAAUGGUCAGACUCUCUACCAUGUGUCCAUCACUAUAGUAAUCACUAGUGAUAUAGAGGUGAACUAGGCAUGGUCACUGUCCUCAAUGAACUUAAAUUUAUUUAAGACAAGACACUAUGAAUGAGAUUAACACCAAGCUCCUAAAAUGAAGGUAAUACCUAACAGCUAAGGUGAAGGUAGGGAUGAAAGCUAAGGACCUGGUUAGGGGACACCUAACCAGUCUAAGGAGUUAGGAAGACUUUCAGAAGUGAUGCUCAAAAGGAGAAGUAAAGCAAAAGUACCAGUUGAUCUAGCUGGGUAUUAUGUGUAUGGUGAAGAGGAGUUUAGAGGACUUUGUAGACAGAGAAAACAGCAUAUGCUGAAUCCCAGAGGCAAGGAAUAACAUGGUAAGUCUAAGGAUCUAUAAUUAGUUCAGUAUGGUUUGCAUGUGACAAGCAGAGGACAGGAAAAGGAGAGAGAAGGAAUUAAUACAGGGGCCUAAGUUUAAAAACUACACAGUAGUCAGGUAGGAUAAUCUUUACCUGUUCUUCCUUUUAAAGGGAAGAUUAUAACGUGAUGAUUGAGUUCACAUUAUUUGUGAUUAGCCUUUCUGCUUAAGCAGAACUUGCAACACCCUGAUUGCUCCUGUCUGAUUCUUCCUGG